AUGUUACUAUUUGAUGCUGUUGCCAAAGCAAGUAUACUCAAAAUUAAGGGACAUAGUGGUUAUUCUUCAUGUACUAAAUGUACCCAAGAAGGGGAGUAUUUCGAUCAUGUUGUUUUUCCUGAUAUACAUUUUACAAAGAGAACUGAUGAUGAUUUCCUUAAUCAAUCUGAUCCAGAUCAUCACCAUACAAUUUUGCAAAGAAUUCCAAAUUUAGGUCUAGUUACUGAUGUCCCAUUGGAUUAUAUGCACUUGAUCUGUCUGGGUGUUGUCAAAAAACUAUUAGUCAACACGUGGUGCUAUGGACGACCCCCUCAUAAAUUAUAA